AUGGAUAUCUCCAAGAACGAGUCCUAUCGCGAGUUCGAUGGGGCUUCGCUGGAGAAAUACCGUGAGUUCGACCGCGAUACCGACCGAGACGAUGCUUCUUCGAUCCGUUCCGAGGCGCUCGGCGAUGAUCUCCCUCCCGGCUACUACUAUUCUCCUCAGUUCCUAGGGGCCAUGGCGGGGUUUUGUCUUUCAGCAAUGUCGGCAUACAUCUUCUUGAUCCUGCCAACCAACGUGCUGACAUUCAUCAACGCUGAUAUCGGUCCGAGCCCAUAUAUCUCCUGGGUCAACAUUGCCAGAACUCUCUCGCUGUCAUUCACCUACACGAUCCUGGGCCGCUUGUCAGACCUUUUCGGAAGACGAUGGUUCUUCAUUGGUGGCAACGUCGUCGCCAUCGUCGGAAUCGUCGUGUGUGCUGUGGCGCACAAUGUCGAGACACUCAUCGUUGGUGCCGCCAUCUAUGGCCUGGGCGAGACGGUCCAGCUGAGCUUCAACGUUGCCGUUGGCGAGCUGGUUCCCAACAAGUACCGUCCUGUCGUCUUGUCUCUCAUCUUCUUGACCAAUGCCCCCAUCUCCGCGUUUGGCCCUUUCGUUGCCCGGAAAUUCGUCGAGAACCCUAAUCUCAGCUGGAGAUGGUGUUUCUACGUCAACAUCAUCGCCGUGGGACUCGCCAUCGUUCUCUUGUACUUGUUUUACCACCCACCCACCUUUGAGCUUCUCCAUGACCGCAAGACCAAGCGCGAGCUGCUCAAGGAACUGGACUAUCUUGGCAUCUUCCUGUGGACUGCUGGCCUCACUCUUCUCCUCAUGGGUGUAUCUUGGGGAGGCGUCAUGUUCCCUUGGGACUCUGCAGCUACCAUCUCGAGCUUGGUUCUUGGUGUCGUUCUUCUGGUGGCACUCUUCUGCUGGGAGGCCUUUGCGGAUCUGAAGUAUCCUGCCAUCCCUAUCAAGUUCUUUGCCAACCGUGGUUUCAUGGCACUUAUGUUUUACUACUCCGCUGUCUUGCUAUGGCCACAGCAGGUUCAGGCCUUGUACACGACUGAUAUCACCUACGGCGGUUGGCUCUCGUCCACUGUGGCAAGUGCUACAGCGCUUGGUCAAGUUUGCGCAGGAGGCAUCGUGAAAUGGGGAGGCAACGUCCGGUACUGGAUCAUCUUCGCGACCUUCUGCAUGGUCGGCUUCGUCGGGGCGCUCGCGUCCCUGACCCCCGAGACACUGAACACAGGAAUCGCCCUCACCAUCCUCGGCCCGUUCUUCGUGGGCUUCAUCGAGCUGGCAUCUCUCGCUCUGGCGCCCCUAUUCUGCAAACCCUCAGAUAUCGGCCUCGCCUCGGGUCUCCUCGCGUCCAUCCGCUCGGCCGGAGGCUCCAUCGCCGUCGCCGUCUACACGACGAUCCUGUCAAAUCGCCUGGCAACGGAGAUCCCGGCAGCUAUUCGCGGCCCAGCCGUUGCUGCGGGUUUGCCCUCAAGCCAGCUCCCGGCCCUUGCAAAAGCAGUGCAGGCCGGAAAACUGGCCGCAUUCCCUGGCUUGACGAGUGCCGUCAAGGCUGCCGUGGCAAAGGUGCUUCCGACUGCGUACUCGAAGGCGUUUGAGACGGUUUAUCUGGCGAGUCUGGGCUUCGGAGCAAUCGCGAUUGUCGGAUGCUUGUUCUCCAAGGAUGCUCAGAAGCAUCUGACGAACAAGGUGGAAAGACGUAUGGGUGAUGGGAAGAGAGCUUGA